GUCACAUGCCAUACAUACCCUUCCUAGCAGUUCCUGAUGCUUUCAUGCCUAGAUGGUAGAUACUGACACGAAUCGCUUAGAAGGAAAGCAAUGGACUCUAAUGUCAAUCACCUGUUGUUGUAUCAAAGGGAAAGAGAGAAAUGUGGAGGAUGGAUAUUACAACGGUAUAUGAAACACGUGAAGUGGAUCUGCUAUUUACCGGCAAAUAUCACCUCCUUAAUUCAUAAUUAUGCUUUUCUCCCCAGUAAUCAUCUAGGAGUAUGGAGAAGCCUCAGGAAGUUAGCCAAAUUUCAUAUGGCAUGAGUGUUGAUCCGAUCAGCUGAUGAGGGUCACCCAUCAGCCGAGGCACAGGCUUCGGCAAACGUCAUUCAUUCCUUGCGACCUUCUCGGGCAGAUUUAUUGAAAUACCACUAGUUCCCA